AUGACUUCGUCAAUCUUCUACAAGUUCAAGAACUCUAGAGAUAACGAGCGCAUAGUUUUCAACGGCACAGACUUGAGCGUAUGGGAACUCAAGAAGGAAAUCAUCAGCGCGAGCGGCCUCGGCGACGGGACUGACUUCAACCUCCACAUCUACCCUCAAGAUGACGCCAACGCCGAAUACAAGGACGACACGACUCUGAUACCCCGUUCGUCUACCGUCAUAGCAAUACGUCGCCCAGCACCCCGAGGACAAGGCAGAGCCGCUCGGUAUGUCACGGGCAAACCGCCUGUGCGAGCCAUUACGACGCAAAGCAAGCCUGCGCAGCCUGUACCACCAACCAACAAUGCGACACCAGAAGAUGCAGAAGCAGCCUUCUUGGCCGAGUCAGCCAUGGCUUGGGACGCCCAGAAAGAGGCUCUCUCGCACGCAAAACCCGUUUAUCGCAAAAACAACACGAAAAAUGUCGUCGUCCCUUCACAUCCACCACCACCCGGUUACGUUUGCCGUCGGUGCAAUAUCAAAGGCCACUGGAUCCAAGCCUGCCCCACCAACGACGACCCCGACUUCAAGCCCGUGUUUCAAGCCAAGCGCACGACUGGUAUACCGCAGUCCUUCCUCAAGAAGGUGGAGAAGCCUGUCGACGAAGAGGCGGCAAAGGGCGUCAUGCUCAACGCCGACGGAGAAUACGUACAGGUCAUGACGGACACGAAAACAUGGGACAAGUUCCAGGAAAAGACAAACGCAUCACGGGCGCGUGCUGCGAGCGCCGACGCGGCCAGCAAGGAGCUGCGUGACCGUGGGCUCGAAUGCCCGAUUGAUAAUCAGAGAUUUGUCGACCCAGUCAAGACGCCCUGUUGUGGUAAGACAUACUGUCGCGAGUGCAUUGACAACGCGCUAGCAGAUGGAGAUUUGGUUUGUCCCAACUGUGCAAAGGAGGAUGUUCUGAUGGAUGAUCUCAUUGCCGACGAUGAAAUGGUCAAGUCUCUCAAGGCAUAUGACGCAGAAAAGGCAGCAGAGAAGGAGAAGGCAGCAAAGGCAGCAGUUGCUUCAACAAAUGAAUCAGUUUCUAUAUCUCAUGCUACUGACAACGCAUCUCCUCCUGUCGAAAAUGACACUACAAAUACUACAAGUACUGCUAUUGCUACUACGGCUGUGCCGGUGGCGGAAGAAGCCUCCGAUACUGACUCUACGUCUUCCAAGAAGCGCAAGCAGCCUCCGACAGACAUCAAACCACCUACGGCACCAAAAGCAAUGCGUCAAGCAGCCGACCCUACAUCAAAAAUGGAGCAGGACUUCAUUCAACAAAUGGAGAUGCUCAAGAACGCGCCAAUGGGAGCCAUGGGCAUGCCAAUGAAUAUGAACAUGCCUAUGCCGAUGCCGAUGCCGAUGCAGAUGCAAAUGCCAACCCAAAUGGGGUUCCAAAACGCAUACCCCAUGGGCUUUGGACAGAAUCAACAACAAGCACACGGAGGUCAGCAACAGUGGUUUCCCCAGCAAAACUUUGGCUAUGGUCAGCAACAACAAUUCGGUCAGCAGUUUGGCCAACAACAUCAUAACCAGCAAUUCGGAUGGGGCGGACAGGGCCAGUGGGGCGGACCAGGGCAGCAAGACAAUAACGACGCAUAUGACCGGCAGCCAGUCAACCCUCGUGGUCGAAACAGGAGGUCCCGUGCGCCCGACUUUCGCUACUUGUAA